GCAAGUUCUUAUAAAAUGUAACCAUUAGUCACAAUCAAAUCAUCAAAAUGGCUGGUCGGUUAAUAGUCGUUAUAUUUCUAACAGCGCCAUUUAUUUAUUGUCAUAAGCUGAUUUCUAUAUUAUCGGAUUUUAACAAUGACAAAGACGUUGAGUUCUUUAAAACGACACUUCCUUGGAUUGUUGACAAUGUCGGUUCAGAUAUCAAUUUGAAAUUUCAUUUUAAAGACAGUGGGAUAAACUCAGGUCCAAGACAGUGCGUUCUAUUUCAGUUAUCAAGAAAUAUAUAUCUUCAAGUUGAUUACUUAAGUUGUGAAGCAAAAGGUAAUGCACACAAAGAAUGUAUAAAACAUCUACCUAUCAACAUACCUCGUCUACAUAAUUGCUUAAGAUCAAGUGUUAAGAGGAUUGUUAAAAAUGCCGAAAGAGAAUUUCGAAAAUUUAAAGUGGAUGCCACUCCGGUUAUUAUUCUUCCAAGAAGAAGAAUUAUAAAUGAUAAAACACCACAAAAUAUUAUAAAAUGUAUUUGUGAUUUAUAUCCCAGGCAAUACACUAUGCGACCAAUAGGUUGUAUUAAAACUUCUCCUCUUCCUGGUAAAAACCAAGAAGACGAAAAAACAAAUGAAACAUCUUCGCCAAAGAGUGAAGCGAGUCCAAAAGAAGAAAAGCAAAACGAUGAACUGUCUACACCAGAGAGUGACGCAAAUCUAAAAGAAGAAAAGCAACAAGAUGAACAGUCUACGACAGAGAGUGGAGCAAAUCCAAGAGAAGAAAAGCAAAACGAUGAACUUUCUACACCAGAGAGUGAAGCAAAUCCAAAAGAAGAAGAACAAAAAGAUGAAAAUUUUACGCCAGAGAGUGAAGCAAAUCUUAAAGAAGAAAAAAAAACAGUUAAAGAGUCUUCGUUAGAGGGUGAACCAAAUCUAAAUGAAGAAAAGUAACAAGAUAAAAAGUAAACUACUACUACGACGACUAAAUUAAGUGUGCAUAAGAAUAAACUCAAAUAAAAAAAAACUGUCUUCUCAAAAAAGAAGCUGUGUACUAUAAAAAAAUAAAACUACAAAAGGUAUUCAUAGCUUAUAUUACAAAGUCAGUUAAUUAACGUCAGGUAAUUAAAAUAUUUAAUCAAUUAGAAUAUUAUAAAAAUGUAUAUAGUCACAACUUU